AUGUUUUUUCUAAUAAAUCUUCUUAUAUUAUUUAUUGUUACACAUCAAAUUAAUGGAGAUGAUAAUGAUGGAAGAGGAGCAAGUGCAUCUUCGACAGAAGUUGGUGUUGGAUGUUUUUCUGCUGAUUCAUCAGUUAUUUUAAAUAAUGGUCAACUAAAACAAAUAGAUCUUCUUAAAACUGGUGAUCAAAUUCUUACUAUUAAUCAUAAUAAAAUUGUUUCAACUGAUAUGAUUUUUAUGUUAGAUAAAGAAACAUCAAAACAAGCUAAAUUUUAUACAUUUAUAACGGAUUCUGGUCAUAAAAUAAGUUUAACAAGUGUUCAUUUAAUUCCAAUAUUAUCUUCUAAUUCUAAACUCGAUUAUAUACCAGCUAAACAAGUUAAAUUAGGUGAUCAAUUUAAUGUUAAUAUAAAUGGUAAAGUUAAUUAUUCACCAGUUCAAAAUAUAACAAUUGAAUACAAAAGAGGAUAUUUUGCUCCAUUAACAAUGACAGGAACAUUAUUGGUAAAUGAUGUAUAUUCAAGUUGUUAUGCAUUAGCUAAAAGUCAUAAAUGGUCACAUUUAUUUAUGACACCUUUUCGUUGGUAUUAUAAAUUAACUCGUUUUAUUUCUAUUAAUGAUCCAUUUGAUAAUAAUAGAAAUGAUGGAAUUUAUUGGAUUAUAGAUAUAAUUCAUCAAUUAAUUAAUUAUAUUCAACCUUCAAUAUUACAAUCUUUAUAA